AAUGGAAAAACCAGCUGAUGACGGAUUCCUGGGUAAACUAUUGGUGAUGGUAUGGUAUUUUCUUGACUGUGGUGAAUGUUGAUGUAAUCUUUCAGGGAGCAUCAGACUCAUGGAAUAUGWCGAUGUCUUUUAUUAGUGUAAUCCUACUUCCUAUUGUUGGUUUUAUGGGAUCAAACUUUUCCAUUUCAGCUGYUUGUGCGACCUCCAAUUUUUGCUUCUGUGCAGCUGUAAAUCAUGUCCGUCAAGGGAAGGCUGAUAUGAUGAUCGCUGGUGGCAUUGAAGCUUCCCUUGUUCCCAUAGGGUUGACAAGUCUUUMWGCUCUUAGAGUGUUGUCUACAAAAAACGAUGAUCCCAAGACUGCUUCCAGACCAUGGGACAAAGAUAUAGAUGGCUUCAUUAUGAGUGAAGGUGCUGGUGUUUUGGUUAUGGAGAGUUUAGAACAUGCAAAGAAAAGGGAAGCACCCAUUCUUGCCGAAUACUUGGGAGGUGCARUAAAUUUUGAUGYUUAUCAUAUAACGAAUCCACGAUCUGAUGGGCUUUGYCUUUCAUCAUGCAUUCAAAGCAGCCUUGUGAMURCUGGUGUCUYGGUAGAGGAGGUAAAUUAUAUCAAUGGACAUGCAACUUCCGAAGUGGUUGGCGAUUUGGCAGAAAUAAACGCUCUCAAGAAGGUAUUCAAGAACACUGUAGGGAUCAAGAUGAACGYUACCAAGUCUAUGAUCGGACACAGUUUGGGAGCAGCCGGAGGUCUGGAGGCCAUUGCCACAAUUAAAGCAAUUCAGACAGGAUGGUUGCAUCCCACCAUUAAUCAAUUCAACCAAGAACCAGGAAUAGAAUUCGACACAGUUGUAAAUCGAAAGCAGCAACAUGAAAUCAACGUUGCCAUUUCGAAUUCAUUUGGUAUUGGCGGACACAACUCAGUUGUAGUAUUCUCGGCUUUCAAACCUUGAUAUGAUAAUGGAGAAUAUAUGCAUAUUUGAGGAAUAGAGCAACUUCAUGUCAUUGUGGAGAUGCAAAACUUCAUACCAAAUAAUUUAUUUAUGUUUUCUAAAUUGUAUGUAUGUAUAUUGGGUCCAUUGUGUAAUCCUUCUUUAUAC